CUUGGCUCCAAAUGGAUCCAAAAUCUAUCUGAUAUACACAAUGAACACUGCCAUUGUGUUCGAGUGUUAACUUAGUGAGCUCAGAUAUGAGAGAAAGUGCCAAGCGAGGUAUAAAGCAGAGAGAGCAGGAAAGCACAGCACAGAAGAAAGCAGCACGUAGACUUGCUGACAGAACACGCUGACAGACAAGCAGACAUGAUGGAUAUGAAGAUGGCCGCUCUUCUCUUCGCUGCUCUGCUGGUUCCAGGGCUUCUGGCCAAGGAAGACCUCCAGGGCCGCUACCCCAUAGGACUACAAGUGUAUGACAGCGUGAACAACAGCCCCAACCUGACCUACACCACGAACAUGGCCUACAGGGGCAUCCUUCUGGGGGCCAUGAGGAAUCUGCAGAAGACCAACUCAAACUUCAAGUUCACCUACCACGAGACCAAUGAUUAUGGACCCUACCUGGAGAGCAUCAACGGGGUCGCUGGAGAAGACGCCAAACAGACGUACUGGGAGCUGCUGGUGAGGCUGGUGAACGGGACUGUAAUCAGACCUGAUGUUGGUAUUGGCUGUUACAUCCCAGAAGCCAACCAAAUGGUCAUCUUCAAAUACACCACAUGGACAAAGACCAGUGUGUAGGUUUGACACAGAGUCUGGAAGAGAUCCCACAUCACAGGCCCCCAGUCCAUCCUGAUGCCAUCCUGGAUAGGCACAGCUAUUAAUCAAAUAAAACACUGAAUUGAACAACUAAAGG